CAUCGAUCUUCAUGUUUCUUAUAAAUUCAUAUUCAUAGUAUUUAUCAAUUUCACAAACAUUAUAUCGACCGGUUUAUCACACACAAUAUAAUGGACGUGGCUCCGGCGAUGGAUUUUGACUUUAACUUGUCAUCUUAUAGUUACACCAGUGCCCCGUCUAGUCCAACUCGUCUGACUGAGUUAUAUCACGGACUUGACGAGUUGUUGAUCUCCCCUCAUGCUGAACGGAACAGUUGUAUAGCCACUGUUCCAUUUGCAUGGGAGGAGAAACCUGGUGUUCCAAAAACACCUGAAAAUUUAUAUGAAGAUGACUUUUCUUUUGAUGUAAGUUCUCAUUUCAACAAAAGUUCAGUCUCAGCCGAAGAUUUGUUCCAUGGAGGUGUAAUCAAGACCGUUGAUUCACCAUCACACAAGAACGAGAGAGAAAGAGGGAGAGAAAGAGGAUUUUCAUCCGCUUCUCGGUUACCUUCUUCAAGAAGUAGAAGAACAAGAUCAUUGUCACCACUUGGAGCCUCGGAUCAUCGUAGAGAACAAAUGGUGACACCCUCUACAACAUCUUCAUCCGAAAACGGGUUUAAGAAAUGGAGCUUCAUGGAUUUUCUGUUGUUUAGAAGUUCUUCAGAUGGUCGGGCAAUGGACAAAGACCCAUUGAAGAAAUAUUCUGAAAACUUUAGAAAACAUGAUCAGGUUGUCCGGAACUCUGGAUCAAUGUCGAGGAGAAGGGGACGAUUAUCGGCUCACGAGCUCCAUUACAAUGUUAAUCGUGCAGUUUCCAAUGACAUGAAGAAGAAAACAUACUUGCCAUACAAGCAAGGUAUUCUGGGAAGAUUUUCGUUCAAUCCUUAGAGAUAUUUGCAAUUGAAAUACAUGAAUGCAAUUUAGAUGGUUACGUAUAUACAUAUUGUAAUUAUAGUCAUUAAUUUUUUUAUUCUUUUGUUUUUUAUUUGUACCAAAAAUAUAUGUCCGAGGUGUUAUACCUAAGUGAUGAUAGAUUAUCGAGUAAAAUGUACGUUUGAUGGUUGUUUA